CCCAUGAUCGGCGCAAGUGCAAGCGAGUCGGCAAUAGGUUGGCCUGCUGCGAUUGGUCCGCGUGUUACUACCUGCCACGAUGGCUGACAUCUUUUGCUGCGGCCGUCGCUGCUAUCGCUGCCGCCUUUCGACGUCUUCACAGAAAGCCAACGAUCUUGCACGGCGCUGGUGUGCUCAAGUCAGUACGGCAUCGACUGCGCAUCGAGUCAGACGCAUCUACGCCAAACGUCGUGACUUCAAGAAAAAAGAGAAAAACCAAAAUACAAAAUACAAAAUUUACCGUUGUCUCUGGUUAAUGCGUUCGCUUAUCGAACUUGUAACCAAGUAGCAAUUUUUGUGGCUAUCGAUAAGCAUUGUGACAAUUAUCGCAAAUUGCGCGUGAAAUCGAAAUUGAAAAAAUUGAAUUUGUGAAUUCGUCGUGGCCGUUAAAAGUCGAGCUGGUCGAGCUUUUUCGCGACUUUUUCUGUGGCUGUGAACUAUGACUGUUACCGCUUUUGCCGCCGCCAUGCACAGACCCUUCUUCAAUGGAUAUUCAGCCAUGCAAGAAAUGAACAGCGGCCAAGGACGUGUCAAUCAACUGGGUGGAAUGUUCAUCAACGGCCGCCCCUUGCCCAAUAAUAUACGCCUGAAGAUCGUCAAUAUGGCCGGCGAAGGCAUACGCCCGUGCGUGAUCUCUCGACAGCUACGCGUUUCCCAUGGCUGUGUCUCCAAGAUUCUGAAUCGUUAUCAGGAAACGGGCUCAAUCCGACCGGGCGUCAUUGGCGGCUCCAAGCCGCGCAUUGCCACGCCCGAAAUUGAGAGUCGCAUCGAAGAGUACAAACGCACCAAUCCGGGCAUGUUCUCCUGGGAAAUACGUGAAAAGCUGAUUCGCGAGGGCUUCUGCGAUCGUAGCAUGGUGCCAUCCGUUUCAGCCAUAUCCCGCUUGGUACGCGGUCGCGAUGCGCCUGUUGAGGUGGACUCCACUAAGCCUUCGUCCAACUCGAGCAGCUCCGAUCUGUGCGGCUCCAACUCCACGCACAACAAAGCUUCCGACGACGAAGUUUCCGACUGUGAAAGCGAACCGGGCAUCGCAUUGAAGCGCAAACAACGUCGCUGCCGUACCACCUUCUCGGCCGCACAGCUGGAGGAGCUCGAGCGUGCCUUUGAGCGCACCCAAUACCCGGACAUCUUCACUCGCGAGGAGCUGGCUCAGCGCACCAAUCUGACCGAGGCACGCAUCCAGGUGUGGUUCAGCAAUCGUCGCGCUCGCCUGCGCAAACAGCACAACUCUGUAACGGGAUCGACUAGCAGCAGCGCCACGCCCACAACCUCCAUGCCAAGCAGCAGCAACAGCGCCCACUUAUCCCCACUGGCCAUGAUGAGCAUGCCGCCGGCAAUGGAAGCAGCUGCCUCCAUCUACCAACAUUCCUAUGACUUCUAUAGCAACCCCACCAAUCCCAGCAGCAGCCAUGGCGCCAGCCUGUCGCCCCUCUGCAGCACCUUGUCGCCUUUGAAUACGGCCAAUACGCCGCCGCAUCACCAUCAAUUCUAUAACACGGCCAGCUACAUUAUGCCCAGCUCGGCGACGAACAAUGUCGAGCAGACGCACUAUGAAUCCCAACUGGGCUCCGUUUACAGCACUGAAUCUGAGCCGCAUCAGACAAUGCCACGUAAUCCGAGUCCCAAUGAGUCCAUCUCCUCCAACUUUGGCCAGUUGCCGCCCACGCCCAACAGCCUUUCUGCAGCUGCGGUCAUGUCCAACGAUCCGACUCCAACAUCUCUGACCAAUGUGAGUGGUGGCAGCGAGGAGCUGACGGCAGCACUCAAAGUGGAGGCGGCGGAGCUAGCGGCCAGCGUAUCCAGUGGUGCUGUGCAGCCGCAGCUGUACAGCAGCUGGACGAACACUGGCAACAUGCAGAGUAUGCGACCCAAUGCGCCGCUCUCGCCGGAGGAUUCACUCAACUCCACCAGCUCGACGAGCAAUAUCCUGGACGUCUCUGUUUCAGCCGCUGCCGCUGCUGCCCACCAGAUGUUCCAUCCCUAUCAGCACACAGCUGCCGCACAAUAUGCGCCAUAUCCAACGAACACAACACACUCGCACUCGCACACGCACUCGCACACAGCGCACCAUCCGCAUCAUGGGCAUCCACACGCGGGGCAUCCGCAUCCCCAUGCACCGCAUGCCCAAUAUGGAAGCCCACAUUAUCCGGCCAAUUCGUCGGCGCAUUUUAUGCCGCAAAACUUCAAUGCAGCCGCCGCCGCAGCUGCUGCCUUCUCCUCGCCCAGCAAGAUGAACUAUUCAACGAUGCCGCCGCAGCCGUUCUACUCCUGGUACUGAGGAGGAGCAGCAGCUGACAGCGGCGCAGCAAGAGAAACUGCUAGAUCCUGGGGCAGCCAGAGCUAAAGCGGGUGUUGAGUCACCUCCCCAACCGUUGACAUCGCCAAAGAUUCAUGUACACUAAUAUGGACACGCUUCCGCAAUCCAAUCU